AUGGAGGCCGUAUUGGAGCAGGUGGAGCAGCUGCCCGCACUUCUGGUCGGCGCCCGCUCCGCGCUGGUGCGAGACUGGGACUCCCUGACCCUGGACCGCGCUCUAGAGUGGGCCCGGUAUUUCCAGCAUGUCCACGACCGCUUCCGCACCCGGCCUCGGCUCCGGGAGGUCCUCGGGCGGCGACUGCGGCGGGCUCAGCCGAGCCUUCCGCUCGGCUUCCCUCACCUGGGCCGCUGUCCACAGCUGCUGGGCCUGGCGCUGCUGGAGAACCGCGCUCUGCCGCCCGCCGCCUGCCGCUGCCUGCUCCGUAGCUUGCUGCAGUUUCCCGGCGAGGAGGCCGGCCCCGAGCCCCACAGCCUGGCACUCCUCGCCCGCCGGAAAGCCGCCUCCCGGUUACUGGCUCUGCCCAGCGGCCUGCCGCGGUCCCCGGCGGAUAUGGAGCCACAGCUGCAAGCGGAGGCGCAGCUGCUGCUAGGCCGGCUGCGGGAGGAGGGGCCGGAGGGCGAGCCUGCUGGGGAGUCCGUGGGGCCGCCGCGUUGGCUGUCCGCUGUGCUGGAGCAGCUGCCCCUGCCACGGGCCUUCGAGGUGGUGGCGGUGGCGCUGCUGGGGCAGGGGAACGGCGCUGACCAGGCUGGAGACGGGGAUGGGGCUGGGAGCAGUCUAGAAGGAAACUGGGCGAGUGCCAUAGGAGACAAGUGCGUUGCUGGACCCCUGCUUUCCUGGCUGCUGGGGAACCAGGAGAGGUUCUAUGCUUUCUGCCUUUUCCUCCCAGGAUCCCUUCUUGCUUCCCUAGCUGGUCACUAUUCCCAGUUAAGCAGACCUUAUUUGGACCUCUUAACUGGCUGCGGAAGCCAUUUGCUCUAUGACCCCUUGCAGGGACGGUGGGUUAUUAAUUGUCCUAACAAAGCUGUCUUGUCCUGGGAACAGUUGAGGGAGCGCUUCACCUGCCUUUGUCAGGUAUCUGCAGUACUCAAGGGACAGACACAGGCUGCUCUGAAACUCCUGAAAGCACAAGAUGGAGACUUUCAAGUCCGUGGCCUAAGUGUGUGGACUGACUUACUUAUGGAAGUAGAGGAAUGUCUGAGGAAAGAUGCAGAAUGUUAAUACCUGAAUGCAAAAGCAACAUGAACACUUCUGAGAUUCAGGAAGUCUGCUUAAUUCUGUUUAAUAUGAAACACAAGAAAACUGUACCUCUCUAUGUGUUGAAAGCCAAGCAUUGUUGUGACUGCUGAUCUCGCAUUCCUGAUUGCAUGUGAACUCUCUCAGGGAAGCUUGGUACUUUCUUGUAAUAGUGCUGUUAAUUCUGAUCACCACAGGAAAUGUCUUCCUUUUCAGUACUUGCU